CCUCCGUCUCCUGCGGUGGGUUGGGCAGCGUACUGCUGAGCUGUGCUUAAGGCCGUGCCGGGAAGGGCUCCUGCCGCCGCCGCCGCCGCCCGCGCGGAGACCAUGGCGUGGGCUGCGCCCUCGUUACCCACCGAUAAAUCUCGGUUCAUCUGUAUAUAUCCAGCCUAUAUAAAUAACAAAAAGACAAUAGCAGAAGGAAGAAGAAUACCGCUUGAGAAAGCAGUUGAAAAUCCCACAUCUACAGAAAUCCAAGAUGUAUGUGCAGCAGUUGGACUUAAUGUGCUUUUGGAGAAAAACAAAAUGUAUCCCAGGGAGUGGAACCGUGAUGCACAGUAUAGGGGCAGAGUGCGUAUUCAGAUCAAGCAGGAAGAUGGCAAUCCAUGUCAACCUCAGUUUCCAACACGUAAGGCAGUGAUGCUAUAUGCAGCAGAAACAAUCCCCAAACUGAAAACAAGGACACAGAAAAUGGGAGGCAGUGACCAAAAUCUACAGCAAGGAGAGGGAGGCAAAAAAAGCAAAGGAAAGAAGAAGAAAUGAGCAUUGCUGGCACAAAUAGUAUACAUUAAAGUGAACAUGGAUGUGCGGGAAUAAUGACUUCUGAUGUGAACAUUGGACAAACAAACAAGAACUGUCAAAGCUGUUUUGUAGUAGUUUCUGAAUGGGGAUGCAUUUAAUUUGCAUCUAAUUGCGAUCCAGAUUUGUAAAGAUGACAGUGGAAUGGAUUAAUUCAAUAUUCUAUGGACCUUCUAAAUUUAUUUUUACUUUUAUUAAAAUAAAUGCAACUCCUAA